AGUAAAAAAAAUGUUGUCCGCCGGUGCCGUUCUUUUAGUUUAAUCGUUUACAAAUGUGAAUUUUUAUUGAAGAAAAAGUGAAAACAAAAAUAUUUUAAAUUAAAAUUAAACAAAUUAAUAAAAACCACACAAAAUGCCGCGUAUUAUGAUAAAGGGUGGUGUGUGGCGUAACACCGAGGAUGAAAUCCUUAAAGCCGCUGUUAUGAAAUAUGGCAAAAAUCAAUGGUCACGUAUUGCCUCUUUGCUACAUCGUAAAAGUGCCAAACAAUGUAAGGCUCGCUGGUAUGAAUGGUUGGAUCCUAGUAUCAAAAAGACCGAAUGGUCGCGUGAAGAAGAUGAGAAAUUAUUACAUUUGGCCAAACUAAUGCCAACACAGUGGCGUACCAUAGCGCCUAUAAUAGGCAGGACAGCGGCUCAGUGUUUGGAACGUUAUGAGUAUCUAUUAGAUCAAGCUCAACGUAAAGAAGAUGGAGAAGAUGCCGCUGACGACCCACGAAAAUUGAAACCGGGUGAAAUUGAUCCCAAUCCUGAAACAAAACCAGCUAGACCAGAUCCCAAGGAUAUGGAUGAAGAUGAGCUGGAAAUGUUAUCAGAAGCUCGUGCUCGUUUGGCCAAUACCCAAGGUAAGAAAGCCAAACGUAAGGCUAGAGAAAAACAAUUAGAAGAAGCUCGCCGUUUGGCUGCUUUACAAAAGAGACGUGAAUUGCGUGCUGCUGGCAUAGGUAGUGGCAAACCUAAACGUGUCAAGGGCAUUGAUUACAAUGCCGAAAUACCCUUUGAAAAAAGACCCGCCUUGGGUUUCUAUGACACUUCCGAAGAACGUAUUGAUCCCAAUGAUCCGGAUUUCAAUAGAAUGCGUCAACAAGAUUUAGAUGGUGAACUACGUUCGGAAAAAGAAGAACGCGAGCGAAAAAAAGACAAACAAAAGCUAAAGCAACGCAAAGAAAAUGAUAUGCCUAUGGCUAUGUUACAGAAUCUAGAACCAGAACGUAAACGUUCUAAACUAGUGCUACCCACUCCACAAAUUUCCGAUCAAGAAUUACAACAAGUUGUUAAAUUGGGUCGUGCCAGUGAGGUGGCCAAAGAGGUGGCUAUUGAAAGUGGCAUAGAAACUAAUGAUGCUUUAUUAGCUGAUUACUCCAUAACGCCACAAGUAACGGCUACACCACGUACGCCCGCACCCUAUACUGACCGCAUUAUGCAAGAAGCUCAAAAUAUUAUGGCUCUAACACAUGUAGAGACCCCGCUUAAGGGUGGUUUGAAUACACCUUUACACGAUCCAGAUUUCUCAAGUACUAUUCCAAAAGGUUCUACUAUUGCUACACCGAAUACUGUCAUCGCUACACCAUUUAGAACCCAACGUGGUAAUGAAAAUGGUACACCCGGUGGUUUUGCUACACCCAUGUCAUCGGCCUUAUUGCCAGUAGGUAAAACACCGCGUACCGAUGGUUCACAAACGGUAGCAAUGGUACGUGAUAAGCUGAGUAUUAAUCCCGAGGAAAAUAUUAACGUAGGAGAAACACCUGCGCUCUACAAAAACUAUCAAAAACAAUUGAAAAAUACCCUAAGAGAAGGUUUAGCCACAUUGCCAACACCACGUAAUGACUAUGAAAUUGUGGUACCAGAUCAGGGUAAUGAAGAUGAUCCUAUGGAUAGUUCAGAUGCCAAUGCUAUUGUAGAAGAUCAGGCAGAUGUUGAUGCUCGUAUAGUGGCCGAGCAGGAGGCAAAACGUAAACGAGAACUGGAAAAACGUUCACAGGUUAUACAACGCUCUUUGCCACGUCCCACAGAAGUUAAUACUAAGAUCCUGAGACCUCCUACGGAUAAACAAAAUCUAACAGAAUUACAAAAAGCCGAAGAGCUUAUAAAACAUGAAAUGAUUACUAUGCUUCUAUAUGAUUCCACAAAAGAUCCAGUGCCGGGACAGUCACAAGCAAAAAUGGAUCAAUUACAGUCAUACUUUAAAUCGAAUCCUUACGAAGAAGUCUCUAAAGAGGAACUCGAUAUGGCCAAACAAAUGUUAGCCGAGGAAAUGGAAGUGGUAAAGGAUGGCAUGGGACAUGGUGAUUUAGCUUUAGAUGUUUAUUCACAAGUAUGGGAAGAAUGUCUCGGACAGGUUCUCUAUUUACCCUCACAAAAUCGUUAUACCCGCGCUAAUUUGGCGAGUAAAAAGGAUCGCCUGGAAUCGGCCGAAAGACGUUUGGAACAGAAUCGUCGUCACAUGGCUAAGGAAGCCAAACGUUGUGGUAAAAUUGAAAAGAAACUAAAAAUUCUUACGGGUGGCUAUCAGGCCAGAGCUCAAGCUUUAAUAAAACAGCUUCAAGACACCUAUGAACAAAUCGAACAAAACACUUUGGCUUUGUCGACAUUUAAAUUUUUAGCUGAACAGGAAUCAGUGGCCAUACCCCGUCGUUUAGAGUCUUUGCAAGAGGAUGUUCGACGCCAAAUGGAGCGUGAAAAGGAAUUACAAAGUAAAUAUGGCAAACUACAGGAAACUUUAGAAGAACUGCAACUUAAUAAUUAAUAAAAUAAAUAUGAUAAAAUUAAUAAAAAUGACUAAUGUUUUAAAUGUAAAUCUUUAA